AUGGUAGGCGCCGUCAACGCGCAGUUGACUAGCGAUUCCACGGCUGUCAAAGUCACAAAUAUCCUGUCAUCACGCAAGCUGCGCCUGUUGCUUCCUAUCACGUUGAUCCUUAGCGUCUUCGUUGUUUUCGGCCACCGCUACGAUGCACUCCCCAGAAUUCCGGCGACGUGGAGCCAAGGAAGUGACAGCAAACCGGUAGACGACACGGAGAGUGUGGUUGACUGGUCACAAUUCGCCUACACGCAAUACGUGACCAACAGUCAGUAUUUGUGCAAUUCGGUUAUGUUGCUCGAGCGACUGCAGAACGUCGGCAGCCGUGCCGAUCGCGUCAUCAUGUACCCAUCGUACAUGUUGGACCAAAACGCCGCAUCGAUCAGCCCCGAUGGCCGACUGCUGAUCAAGGCACGCGAUGAGUAUGGCGCCAAGCUUGUACCCAUCCAGGUCCAGUCCCGUCGAGGGGGUGAUACAACCUGGGCCGAGUCCUUCACCAAACUGCUCGCCUUCAACCAGACCCAAUAUAAGCGAGUACUGUCCCUAGACUCCGACUCGGUGGUCCUCCAAAGCAUGGAUGAGCUCUUCCUCCUCCCAUCCUGCCCCAUUGCCAUGCCGCGCGCCUACUGGCUCUAUCCCGACACCAAGAUCCUAUCCUCACAGCUCGUGCUCGUCGAGCCGAGCGAGCGCGAGUUUUCGCGGGUGAUGGCAAAGGUCGACGUCGCGGGGCGGGACGACUAUGACAUGGAGAUCGUCAACUACCUAUACGGCGACACGGCGCUGGUGCUGCCGCACCGGCGUAUCUCGGCGGGCGAGAGUGAGGUAUGGGAUCCGGUAGCCGUGUUCAACGAAGCCAAGUUCCUGCACUUUUCCGACUGGCCCGUGCCGAAAGCCGUGGUUGGAGACGGCGAAGAUGCGGGCGAAGAAGCAGCCGGCGUGUCGUGUGCGGGACGGGAUGGAAUAUUGCGUGGAGAGGGAUUUGUGGAAUGGGUUUUACGAGGACUUUAUGGAAAGGCGCAAGGUACUUUUCUUGCAUCUCGUGUUCAACCCCACGCCCAGGUUAGUUCUCUGGCACGGCGUGGGGGCCAUCGCAUGGUUGCGGCAGUUCAUCCGAAAGGGCAGUUCUCGAACCUGGGAAGGUUGCCUUCAACAAGAACGCAGCAACAGCUCAGCUCGGAUUGUGGUGGUACUCACGAGAAGAAUGGGAAGCUUGGCGGCACCUUGAUGGUCACCUCCGCAUCGUGA